AUGGCAGACGAACGAGUCCAGGCUCUGAAAGAGCCCAUUGAUGUCGCCGAGUACCUCUUCAAGCGUCUCCGCGAGGUUGGCGUGCUCUCCGUCCACGGUGUUCCCGGGGACUACAACCUCGUUGCCCUCGAUUAUCUCCCUGACUGCGGCCUCAAGUGGGUUGGCAGCGUCAACGAGCUCAAUGCUGCCUAUGCUGCCGACGGUUACGCCCGCGUCUCCAAGAUCGCCGCUCUCAUCACCACCUUUGGAGUAGGCGAGCUCUCUGCCCUCAAUGGUAUCGCCGGUGCUUUCUCUGAACACAUUCCCGUCGUCCACAUCGUCGGCUGCCCGUCGACAAUUUCGCAGCGCGAUGGCAUGCUGCUUCAUCACACCCUGGGCAAUGGCGACUUCAACGUAUUUGCCAACAUGAGCUCCCAAAUCUCAUGCGAGGUCGCCAAGCUCAACAACCCCGCCGAGAUCGCAAACCAGAUCGAUCACGCCCUGAAGACCUGCUGGCUCCGUUCGCAACCCAUCUACAUCAUGCUCCCCACCGAUAUGGUCCAGGUCAAGGUCGAAGGUGCCCGCCUCGCGACUCCAAUUGACAUGUCUGAGCCCGAAAAUGACCCCGAAGCCGAAGACUUCAUCGUCGCCGAGGUCCUCAAGAACCUUACCGCUGCCAAGCACCCCGUCAUUCUUGUUGAUGCCUGUGCUAUCCGACAUCGCGUCGUCGAGGAGGUUCACCAGCUCGUCGACAAGACCAACCUCCCCGUGUUCGUGACCCCAAUGGGCAAGGGUGCCGUCGAUGAGAACCAUCCCAACUACGGGGGUGUUUAUGCCGGUAGCGGCUCCCACCCUGCCCAGGCCAAAGACAUCAUUGAGUCCUCGGAUCUGCUCCUCACCAUCGGUGCCAUGAAGAGUGACUUCAACACCGCAGGAUUCUCGUACAGGACAUCACAACUUAACUCCAUCGACUUCCACAGCGAUCACUGCAUUGUCCGAUACUCGACGUACCCAGGUGUCAGCAUGAGAGGUGUUCUCCGUAAGGUGAUUGACCAGGUCGACGCUUCUGCACUCUCCGCGCAGCCAAGCCCCGCGGUCGAAAACGAAGUUGAGGAAAACCUUGAUGACUCACAAACUAUCACUCAGGCCUGGUUCUGGCCUCGCGUUGGCGAAUUCCUGAUCCCCAAGGAUGUCAUCGUGACGGAAACCGGAACUGCCAACUUUGGAAUCUGGGACACCAGGUUCCCCGCUGGUGUCACAGCUCUCAGCCAAGUUCUUUGGGGAAGCAUCGGCUGGUCAGUUGGCGCUGCCCAGGGCGCUGCACUGGCAGCGAAGGAUGCUGGUAACGGCAGGCGCACAAUCCUCUUCGUUGGUGAUGGAUCAUUCCAGCUCUCAGCUCAAGAGCUGAGCACCAUGAUCCGACAUAAGCUCAACCCAAUCAUCUUCCUUAUCUGCAACGACGGUUUCACCAUUGAACGCUUCAUCCACGGCAUGGAAGCCGAGUACAAUGACAUCAACACCUGGAAGAACAAGGAACUAGUGAACGUAUUUGGAGGAGAGGACACAUGCAAGACAUUCACAAUCAAGACCAAGGAUGAGCUCAAUGAACUCCUCGCCGACAAUGAGUUCCAGGCUGCCAAGACUCUGCAAUUCGUGGAGCUUUACAUGCCCAAGGAGGACGCCCCUCGCGCUCUGGUCAUGACGGCGGAAGCGAGCGCCAAGAACAACGCAAAGCUCGAGUAA